CACCCUCGCGCAUGCGCAGUAGCGAUUCGCGGCGUGGAGAGAGAAGGCAGCGGUAGGGGCAGCGGCGACAGGCGAGGACAGGCGAGGGUCCCCUAGGGUCGGGGGUACCGGGCGAGGGUCCCCUAGGGUCGGGGGUACCGGGUCGGGGGUCCCAGGGCGCUGGGAGAGGUCCGAGAGAGGUCGAGCAGGAGCCGGGCCCCGCCAUGGAUGACGACGAGGAGACGUACCGCCUGUGGAAGAUCCGCAAGACCAUCAUGCAGCUGUGCCACGACCGCGGGUACCUCGUGACCCAGGAUGAGCUGGACCAGUCCCUGGAGGAGUUCCGCUCUCAGUUCGGGGACAAGCCCAGCGAGGGUCGACCCCGGCGCUCCGACCUCACCGUGCUGGUGGCCCACAACGACGACCCCACCGACCAGAUGUUCGUCUUCUUCCCCGAGGAGCCCAAGGUGGGGAUCAAGACCAUCAAGCUCUACUGCCAGCGCAUGCAGGAGGAGAACAUCACCCGGGCCAUCAUCGUGGUGCAGCAGGGCAUGACGCCGUCCGCCAAGCAGUCUCUGGUUGACAUGGCCCCGAAAUACAUCCUGGAGCAGUUUCUGCAGCAGGAGCUUCUCAUCAACAUUACAGAGCACGAGUUGGUCCCAGAGCACAACGUGAUGACCAAGGAUGAGGUGACGGAACUCCUGGCAAGAUACAAGCUGAAGGAGUCUCAGCUGCCUCGCAUCCAGCAGGGCGACCCCGUCGCCAGGUACUUUGGGCUCAAGCGCGGCCAGGUGGUGAAAAUCAUCCGGCCUAGUGAGACGGCCGGACGCUACAUCACCUACCGCCUGGUGCAGUGAGGACAAGCCCUGCUCGCUGGCACAGGCUGCCACAGGCUGCCACAAGCUGCCACAGGCUGCCACAGGCUGCCACAGGCUGCCACAGGCUGCCACAGGCUGCCACAGGCUGCCAAACGCCCACACCGCCAGAUGUGGGCAUUACAAAAGUCUCCCACAUGGAUAUUUUGGGUUUUAAAUUUUAAAUCAUACAUUUCACAAAUGUCCAAAUUCAGAAAGUAUCUUCGUGAUUGCGCGUAAUAAUUUUUUUGGUUUAACUUUACAGUGCAAAAGUGUCGCUGUAUGACAUGCAUUGCCAGUUUCUUUCAUCAAUACUUUCUAAGUUCUUGCCGAUCUUCUUUGAGCAGAUUAGGUUUUUUUUGUGUUUGGAAAUUCUAGUGCUACUUUUUUCAUGAUGCCAUUAUAUUUGUAACCAAAUGUCAUUUGUUUUAAGGUUUCCUUUCAACACAGGUUAUCAAAAUCUACAAAACAAAGUUAUUUCAGCAUCAGUUAGAGGGGGAGGGUAAGUGAGCCGGUAAGAUAAGAUGUAUGCAUGUUCAACUUAAUUCGUACCAUGUGUAGCCAUCCGUGCUAAUCGGAGUGUGCGUGAGGACAACAAACGAAACACAAAAAGUUCUAAAGAAAUUAGUUUUCAAUCGAGAUGCCGAUUUAAAAGCGAAUAGCUCCCGGUGUGGCUUCCUAAUAUCGGAAGGAAGAGCGUUCCAGUCGGCCACAGAAGCGCAUCUGAAAGCGUGCAAGGCGGUGAGCGUCUUUGUCCAGUGGCUAGCCAAAGUGGCGCACCGCUGCUGCGAGGAUGACCGGAUAUUGUGACGGUUGGAGAUGGAACCACACUGGGGAGGAGAAUGAGACCUGACCUUGUAACUGGCGGCGUUUGCUUUUGGCGUGACUUUUAUUUUCAGAACAUUUUUCCCAGUUGUGUAAGUUAUUUUUUUUGUCUCAACAUUUUUUAAUAAACUUAACAGUUUAUUUCUCAGUGGAAAAAUAAAAGACUCUGUGACUGUCAAGUA